CGCGUGGAGCGCGGGGAGGUGAUGGCGGCCAUCGGUGUUCACCUGGGCGCUACCUGCGCCUGCGCCGCCGUCUAUAAGGAUGGCCGCGCCGACGUGGUCGCCAACGACGCCGGGGACAGGGUCACGCCUGCGGUGGUCGCUUUCUCGGAAAGCGAGGAGGUUGUUGGCUUAGCUGCAAAGCAAAGUAGAAUAAGAAAUAUUUCAAACACUGUAGUGAAAGUAAAGCAGAUCCUUGGGCGAAGCUCUGGUGACCCACAGGCAGAGAAAUAUAUUGCAGAAAGCAAAUGUUCAAUAAUUGAGAAGAAUGGAAAACUUCAAUAUGAAAUAGAUAAUAAAUUUAUUAACCCAGAAGAUGUGGCAAAACUAAUUUUCAGUAAAAUGAAAGAAGCUGCUCAGUCUGCAUUGGGUUCAGAUGUAAAUGACGUUGUUAUCACUGUACCAUUUGAUUUUGGAGAGAAUCAGAAAAAUGCCCUUGGGGAAGCAGCUGCAGCUGCUGGAUUUAAUGUUAUGAGAUUAAUUCAUGAACCGUCUGCAGCUCUCCUGGCUUAUGGAAUUGGCCAAGAUUCACCCACUGGGAAAAGCAACGUGUUGGUUUAUAAACUUGGUGGAACAUCACUUUCUAUCACAGUCAUAGAAGUAAACAGUGGAAUAUAUCGUGUGCUUGCUACAAACACAGACGAUAGCAUUGGUGGAGUUUGCUUCACAGAAGCUCUAGCACAACACUUAGCUUCUGAAUUUCAGAGGUCUUGUAAACAUGAUAUUAGAGGAAAUCCUAGAGCCAUGAUGAAGUUAAUGAACAGCGCUGAUGUUGCAAAGCAUUCGUUAUCAACCCUGGGAAGUGCAAACUGUUUUGUAGAUUCAUUGUAUGAUGGAUUGGAUUUUGAUUGUAACGUGUCCAGGGCCAGAUUUGAACUUAUCUGUUCUUCACUUUUUACUAAAUGUGUAGAAGCAAUUAAAAAGCUCUUGCAGCAAGUUGGAUUUACAGCAGAUGAUAUUAAUAAGGUGGUUCUGUGUGGUGGGUCUGCUCGAAUCCCAAAGCUACAGCAGCUGAUCAAAGACAUUUUCCCAACUGUGGAAUUACUGAACUCAAUUCCUCCAGAUGAAGUUAUUCCCAUUGGUGCAGCCAUAGAGGCAGGAAUUCUGCUAGGGAAAUUUUGGAAAGAGAAUCCUUUGUUAGAAGAAGAAGCACUCUUUAUUGAGUGUUCCGCCAAAGAUAUUCUUCUUAAGGGAGUAGACGAGUCAGGGGCUGACAAAUUCACAGUGCUAUUUCCAUCAGGGACACCAUUACCAGCUCGAAGGCAGCACACCCUGCAUGCUCCUGGAAACACGUCUUCUGUGUGCCUUGAACUGUACGAGUCAUUGGGGAAAAGUCCCAUGAAUGAAGAAGGUAAAUUUGCACAGAUUGUACUCCAGGAUUUAGAUAAAAAGGAGGAUGGCCUACACGAUAUACUAACUGUACUCACUAUGAAAAGGGAUGGGUCCCUGCAUGUCACCUGCACAGAUCAAGAUACCGGGAAGUGCGAAAUCAUCACUGUCGAAGUGGCGUCAUAG